AUGUACAACAAGGUUCUUCUCAUCGCCCUCUCCGCCUCUGGCGCUCUCGCCUCGGUUCAAUACUCGCCCAGCUUCCCUCUCCUCUCGGUCCGCCAAGUCGUCGAAGUCCCCUGCUCGGAGCAGAAUCUCAAGGACUGCGGUAGCGGCUGUAUCCAGCAAGACUGGACAUGCUGUCCUAGCAAACAGGGCGGUUGUCCUCCUACGGCGUACUGCGAAGUCGGCACCAAUGCGCAGUACGGCUGCUGUCCCAACGGAAGCGUUUGCAAUGGCGAGGGAGGCGGUAGCACUCGCGCUUCGACCGAUACUCUGACUCUGGCUGGUGGCGAUACUGCUACUGUCGUUCAAGGCGGUGGUAACACGGCUGCGACGGAGCCUCCUGUCCUUGAGGGAUCCUCGACUGCCGUCAUUGUUCCUCCUCCUGUCGACACUCCCAUCGCCAGCUCUCCUGUUCCUCCUGUUCUCCCGGUUCCCAGCGGUAAUCCCGUUCCUCUACCCGUCCCACAGACUCCCGGUGUUCCUGUCGUCCCGGUUCCUACACCCAGCUCAGUCGUCGUCAAUGCUGGAACAUCCAACAGAUACAGCAUGUUUGGUGGUAUUGUGGCUGGUGUCGCCGCUCUCGUUCUCUAA